UUUGUUGCUCUGGUUGUCAGAUGUCGGAAGGCAACAGGACAGAACAUACUCUCCGUGUUUUUUGGUUUUUUUUUGAUAUCCGUCCUGGGGUUCUGUGAUGAAAAAUGAACUUUGGUUCCUGUGACUCGUGCCUGUGUCGAUAAGAGUUGAGCUUUGCAUUGAGGGAUAAAUAAAAGCACCGCCUCCCACCUGGACAUAAAUGGAUCUGAAGACAGCCGUGUUUAACGCAGCUCGCGAUGGCAAACUCCGGCUUCUCACCAAGUUGUUGGCCAGCAAAUCCAAAGAGGAGAUUUCCUCCCUGAUCUCUGAGAAAACGAAUGGGGCCACGCCACUCCUGAUGGCGGCCAGGUAUGGGCACCUGGACAUGGUGGAGUUCCUCCUGGAGCAGUGCAGCGCCUCCAUAGAAAUCGGGGGCUCGGUCAAUUUUGACGGUGAAACCAUCGAGGGGGCUCCCCCUUUGUGGGCCGCUUCUGCCGCAGGACAUCUGAAGGUGGUCCAGUCUCUGUUAAAUCAUGGAGCAUCUGUGAACAACACGACUUUGACCAAUUCAACUCCUCUAAGAGCUGCCUGCUUCGAUGGCCACUUGGAAAUAGUGAAGUACCUUGUAGAACACAAAGCUGAUUUGGAAGUGUCAAACCGGCAUGGGCAUACCUGCUUGAUGAUUUCAUGUUACAAAGGACACAAAGAGAUUGCGCAGUAUUUACUUGAAAAGGGAGCAGAUGUUAAUAGAAAGAGUGUUAAAGGUAAUACUGCAUUGCAUGAUUGUGCAGAAUCUGGAAGUUUGGACAUCAUGAAGAUGCUUCUAAUGUAUUGUGCCAAGAUGGAAAAGGAUGGUUAUGGAAUGACUCCCCUUCUCUCAGCAAGUGUGACUGGUCACACAAAUAUUGUGGAUUUUCUGACUCACCAUGCACAGACUAGCAAAACAGAGCGGAUCAAUGCUUUAGAGCUUCUGGGAGCUACAUUUGUAGACAAAAAAAGAGAUCUACUUGGGGCUUUAAAAUACUGGAAAAAGGCAAUGAACAUGAGGUACAGUGAUAGGACUAAUAUAAUUAGCAAACCAGUACCUCAGACACUAAUAAUGGCUUAUGAUUAUGCCAAGGAGGUAAACAGUUCAGAAGAGCUAGAAGGUCUUAUUGCUGAUCCUGAUGAGAUGAGAAUGCAGGCACUAUUAAUUAGAGAACGUAUUCUUGGUCCUUCUCAUCCUGAUACCUCUUACUAUAUUAGGUAUAGAGGCGCUGUCUAUGCAGACUCUGGAAAUUUCAAACGAUGCAUCAACCUAUGGAAGUAUGCUUUGGAUAUGCAACAGAACAAUUUGGACCCGUUAAGCCCAAUGACCGCCAGCAGCUUAUUAUCUUUUGCAGAACUGUUUUCUUUUAUGUUACAGGAUAGGGCUAAAGGCCUGCUGGGUACCACUGUUACAUUUGAUGAUCUUAUGGGCAUAUUAUUAAGCCCAAUGACCACCAGCAGCGUAUUAUCUUUUGUAGAACUUUCCUUUAUGCUACAGGAUAGGGCUAAAGGCCUGCUUGGUACCACUGUUACAUUUGAUGAUCUUAUGGGCAUAUUGUGCAAAAGUGUCCUUGAAAUAGAGCGAGCUAUCAAACAGACUCAGUGUCCAGCUGACCCCUUACAGUUAAAUAAGGCUCUUUCCAUCAUUUUGCACUUAAUUUGCUUGUUAGAAAAAGUUCCUUGUACUCUAGAACAGGACUACUUCAAAAAGCAGACUAUAUACAGAUUUCUUAAGCUGCAUCCAAGGGGAAAGAAUAACUUCAGCCCUCUUCAUCUGGCUGUGGACAAGAAUACUACAUGUGUAGGGCGGUAUCCUGUUUGCAAAUUUCCAUCUCUGCAAGUUACUGCCAUACAGAUAGAAUGUGGUGCUGAUGUGAACAUCAACAGUCCCCUACAUAUUGCUGCUCUGAACAACCAUCCAGACAUCAUGAAUCUCCUUAUCAAAUCAGGUGCACAUUUUGAUGCCACAAACUUGCACAAACAAACUGCUAGUGACUUGUUGGACGAGAAAGAAAUAGCUAAAAAUUUGAUCCAGCCCAUAAAUCAUACCACAUUGCAGUGUCUUGCUGCUCGUGUCAUAGUGAAUCAUAGAAUAUAUUAUAAGGGGCAUAUCCCAGAAAAGCUAGAGACCUUUGUUUCACUUCACAGAUGAUAAUUUGACUGUAUUUUAGCACUGUUAAAGCACGAAUUAUUAACAGUUGUUUCAUAAAUGAGCACUGUUGUGAUAACACCAGCAUUCAUUUAGCUUGAUAUCAUCGUGCUCCCAUUGGCUAAAACAUUAUAAGCAUCAAAUUUACAGGAUUGGUUUCCCAGUAUUUACUAUAAAUAUACCAUAUAAUAUAUUGUUUGUGAAUUAUUGAAAAAUGUAAUGUCAUAAUUCAAAUUUCUAAAAUUGUCUGCCAAAGGCUUAUUCAUUCUAGUUUUGUUUGCUGUUGGGUUUUUGGGACAGAGUUAACCAUUCUUCAGUGGUAUCUUUAUACCCUUCUGGUUUGUGAAUUUUAUACAAUUGAAGGUCUUUCUUUUCUGCUUUUUUCCAAGCUUCUCCCAUUUUCACUUUAUAUUUUUUCUAACCAUUUCUACUUAUCAUUUCCCCAUCCCCUUAUGGACCCAUAAACUUUAUGUACAAACUUUAUGGACUCGUUACCAUAUGCAGUUACCAUAAGUGCUUUAUCUUCUCUACGCACCGGCUUAAACUUGACUGUUGUAUAUUAGCAUAUUUUCUAUGCAGCAGUUGAUCAACUUCAACUCAAAACACUGUUGAGUUUGUUACAAAGUUCAUUUUAUGAAAGUACUCUUGUAGCAUGGCAAUUUUUAGAGCUAUUGGUUAGCUACCUGAGCUCAAGCUUUUUUUUCUUCCACAUCUGAGAUUUCUUUCUCUAAUCCACUGAAGUUAUUAUGUGCUAAAUUUGGGAAACAAAUCUAAUUCAUUAACCCAGUUGAAAUUUAGGUCUGUCAUCUUAAUAUAUCAUGCAGUAAAAGGAGGAAUCUUUUUAAAGUGACCCACCUUUCAUGCUGUGCCAGCAUUGUCCUGCUUGUGCUGAUGAAGUGAUUAGGUAUAGAGAAGCUUAAAUUUAAACUAAAAUUUAUCACACAGCUUAAUGAGUCACAUUGAAAUAUUCAGUAAUUGAACUGCAAAUCAUUUUUAGUUACAAAAAGAGCUAAAGCAUGUCAAUGGCAUGAUGCUUGCCAGGCCAAAUCUAGACAUCUAGGAUAAUUAAGAUAUUUUAGUAUGCAAUUGACUGCCAUUGUAUCAAAGGUCAGUAGCAGUGUUCUUUCUUUCUUCAAGCUUAAGUAUACCUUUAAAGAUAACUUGCAUGAAUUAUUUUGGUCUCAAUUAUUUGUCACCAUAGUUAAACACACAAGGUUGCAGUGCUUUUCCCUUACUGAAAGUUAGCUUUUCUUUACUUUUUUUCCCCCCCUCAGUGUUUUUUAAACAGCUUUACUAAUGCCACAGAAAGGGCUCUUUUAACUUAAGAUAAAUGAAACGUACUAAAAAAGAUUCAGGUAAUUAUUAUUCAGCACUUUAUUGUUUUUCACAAUAAAAUUUAUGAUGGCAUAUUUGCCCUGCAAAUGUCUUACUUAAUGAAAUUGUUAUAAAUAAAAACUCCUUAUUGGUUUGAGAAAAACUUGGUUUACCUGUGAGUUUAGUGAGCUGGAUCACUGGGAUUUUUCUGUCAUUUUAUUCUGAGGGUUGAUGUACUAGUAUUUAAGGAGUCGUCAUUGCAAACAGUCACAUUAGGUUUAUUUCAUCUUUACUCAGUAAAAUACUUGUAAUGAAGAAUAGUAAAUAAAUAAAACGGCAUUAGACUUUGUGGUUAAAUAAUUGAGGUUUAAUUUUUAAAAAGAUAUCCUUAUUUUACUAGGUUGUAAAUUUAAUUUCACCAUUAAAAGAGGUGAAUUGGAUUUAAAUGGUUCCUCUCUAAUCUUUUGAUGAAGAGAUUUUAAUAUCUUACCAUGGGCAAAUUUGAUGAAAUAUUUGAACUGCCACAUAUAUUAAGAAUAAUUUGUGAUUUAGACAAGUAUUCUAGAAAAAGCAGACAUCAAUAUUUUGAAACCAUUGACUCUAACCUUGUGAUACAAGAAUUAUAUAUGCCUCAGCUAAUUUUUUUUUUUUUAAAGAAACUGUUGCCAGUAGAAUAAAUCUACACUAGUUGAUCGCAAUAAUUUUUGGGUAAAAGAUGAGCAAUUGGAUUUUUAAGUGAUUUAAUAUUUCCUCCUUUUUUGGGAGUGGGUAGAAGGGCCUACAUGCUCUUAUAGUAAGGCACAUCUCACACUGUUGUACAGGUGAACUUGAAUUGUACAACCCUAGUAUAAAUUAAGGAUUUCUUUACUUAGCAUUUUUCCACCACUAAAUUUAGAUAACUUAGAACUGUUCAUCAAUCUUGAUAACUUGAAAUGCCUUAUUUCACUUAAGAUGCAAUUCUACUCUGUUUGCCAUUUCCCCAAAUGCCAUUAGGAGUGCUUGAAAAAUCAGUUAGUUUAAUAGCUAAAAAUUGUCCAUGAUUUUUAGAGGAGGUUGGUAAUGUGACCUGAGACACUGUUUAGGCCUUUGUCAGAAAGUAUUCUCAAAAUUGUUGUGAGACUGAAUAAGAUAAAAAUUUUGUGGGUUUUUUAAAAAACCACAAAUGAGUAAUUUAAUACUUAAUGAGCUAAUUGUCAUUUGAGUCCAUCUAAACUACAUUGUAGCAUGGUGAUGUUGGCUGGAGUUAAUAUGUAAGUUUUUAUUACAUUUCUAUAAAAAUGCCCUGUUAAGGCCUGCUGAAUUUUAGAUGUUCCACUAGUGAUCAUUUCUGUAAAAGAAAUGGUCACUCUACUCAGAUUUGAUACUAGUCCACUUUAUAAAGACAAGUGGAUUAUAGAUUUAAAAGAUCGUCAUUUUCUUAUCCAUAAAUAUGACAGGCACAUAAACCCAAAUCAGUAACAGAUAAUUUGGUGCCCAGUAUGAUUUUGAAGUUAAGUAAUUGCUCACUUGUAAAGUGACUACCUAAUGUAUAAUAUUUUAGAGACCCCCAUCUACUGUGACUUGGGAAAAUUGUUAGGCUAUAUUUGAAAAAUUAGUUCUUUAAAAUCAUAUUGCCCAGCAGAAACCUAGGUUGACUUUUACAGGUAUAAUAAUCCUUGUAAAUUAAUUUCUCAGAAUUGUGGGGGCUGAAUGAGAGAAUAAUCAUUCUUGUGCACUCUAACAGCAUUAUUGCUUGGAACUUUAACCAUUUUAGAGUUAGAUACUAAGGAAACUAAAAUUAAUUGGUCAUCAUCUUCCCCCCUUCCCAUUAUAUGUCAUUAAACAACUAGUUUCUCUCCCUUUUGUCCAUUCCCAUUGUGUAUUUUUUCAGAAGAAGUACUGUAUUCAGGUGCCAGCCAAUAAAUUGUCACACAAUGGAAAAUGAUAUGCCACAACAUUCAUUGUAAGGUCUAAUAAAAUUAAAUUUGCACCAAA